UCGAACACGAAAAUGAAGUAUUUAAGGUGCAAGCAAAAGAAAUACGAGGUCGCAAUUUACCUAUGCCGAUCGAUUCAUACCGAAACGUUUCAAGCCUGAGAAUAUUGACUAUAAUCUUAAGUUUGUGGGCAGGCGUAAGGAAAUGGAUAUUCUCAAAAUGAAUCUAACCCAAUCAUGCAGCUAUUGGAGUCACAGCAGCUUUGCUUUCGCCUUGAACAACGCCUUCAAUAUGCAAGAAUUUCGCUUGCUGCAAUUUAACGAUAUGCAAGGCCAGCAGUGCUUCGGUCAGCGUCCACAUGGACAAAACACACCCGAUGAUGGAGAUUGGCCAUGCCAUCCACGCACCCGGCCAAUUGCUUAUCCCACUGCCACCAAUGAGAUGCCCGGUCUCUGGAGUUCAUUUGAUCUCAAUAUGAUGGACUGGUCGAAAAAUGGCCAGAUGGCCAUUUCGUUUGGGGAAAACUUAAUUAUAUCGCGCAAUGAGGAUAAUAUCAGCAUGGUCUUCAGUGUCGAAAAUACAAAUUCACUCAAAUAUUCGCCAUCGGGGCGAUAUCUUGCCAUCGGCUGCAUGGUCUCCCAAUUUCCUGUGCUGGAGCUUUGGAAAUUACUGCCACCAAAUGAAUUUUUGGUAGCCGAUGGUAAAUACUUGCCGAGAUCAUUCGGAUCGAUAUGUUGCAUUGAAUGGAGCAAGUCUAAUGAAGACAUUCUCUGUGGCACAAAAUGUGGCAUAAUUGUGGUAGUCGAAUUAUCCUGGAUGACCACAGAGCAUGUUUUGCGUAAACAUAAAUAUCAAAUAAAUUGUAUGCGUUUCUCGCCCACGGGACGCUAUUUGGCCACAUCCGAUGUGCAAGGACAUAUCUUUAUAUACGAUGGCAGGAAUUAUAAGGUCAUAUUGAGAUUGGGCGCCAAGGCAGGUGGCAGUGUCUUUGACUGGCAUCCUUGGUCCGAUAAUGAAUUGGCUAUUUCGGAAAAGCUACCCUCAUCCAUUUAUAUAUUUCAUGUGCAACGCCGUGAAAUUGUUGCCUUCUAUCAGCGCGGCGAUGAGAAGAUCUUAAUAAAGUCACUUAAUUUUAGCAAGAUCACAGGCGAGUUGCUGGUCAACACUUACAGACAGGACGAAAAUGGCUGUCCGUGCACUGAGAUCUUGGUGCUUUCUUCAUUGAAUCGGGUAGUUGACAUAUUGGGCUAUCAGGACAGAGGUGCAUUGUUCAUGAUGUGGAGUCCAGAUGGAAGAAGCCUCGCUGCGGCUGGCCACGACGAGUCCUUUUCGGUUUGGGACUUUUACCCCGCGGAUAAGACAAAUGCUGAAAUUAUUAAGGACUUUCUCGAUAAAGCGGAUCGCAGUGUUCUAGAACUUUACGGUCCUUUUAAGUAAAUUUCAAAUUGUUCACAUUUGU